AUGGCAAUGACGGGCUCCACACCGUGCUCCUCCAUGAGUAACCACACCAAGGAGCGAGUUACAAUGACAAAGGUGACGUUGGAAAACUUCUACAGCAACCUCAUUGCGCAGCACGAAGAGCGAGAGAUGAGACAAAAGAAGCUAGAACAAAUGAUGGAAGAAGAAGGCUUAAAAGAUGAAGAGAAAAGAAUCAGGAGAUCAGCACAUGCACAAAAGGAAACAGAGUUUCUUCGCUUAAAGAGGACAAGGCUUGGCUUGGAAGACUUUGAGUCUUUAAAAGUCAUAGGCAGAGGAGCAUUUGGAGAGGUGCGGCUUGUCCAGAAGAAGGACACGGGGCACGUUUAUGCAAUGAAGAUACUACGGAAAGCUGAUAUGCUUGAGAAAGAGCAGGUUGGCCAUAUUCGUGCAGAGCGGGACAUUCUGGUGGAGGCUGACAGUCUGUGGGUUGUGAAAAUGUUCUAUAGUUUCCAGGACAAGCUAAACCUCUACCUUAUCAUGGAGUUCCUGCCUGGAGGUGACAUGAUGACGCUGUUGAUGAAAAAAGACACUCUAACAGAAGAAGAGACCCAGUUCUAUAUAGCUGAGACUGUGCUGGCCAUUGAUUCUAUUCAUCAGCUGGGUUUUAUCCAUCGGGACAUAAAGCCAGACAACCUUCUUCUGGAUAGCAAGGGCCACGUGAAACUCUCAGAUUUUGGUCUAUGUACUGGCCUAAAGAAAGCCCACAGAACAGAGUUCUACAGAAACUUGAACCACAGUCUUCCCAGUGACUUCACUUUCCAGAACAUGAAUUCCAAAAGGAAAGCAGAGACUUGGAAGAGAAAUAGACGGCAGUUGGCUUUCUCUACUGUGGGAACUCCAGAUUACAUUGCUCCUGAAGUUUUCAUGCAGACUGGCUACAACAAGCUUUGUGACUGGUGGUCGCUUGGGGUCAUCAUGUACGAGAUGCUGAUUGGUUAUCCGCCAUUCUGUUCUGAGACUCCUCAAGAAACAUAUAAGAAAGUCAUGAAUUGGAAAGAGACUCUGACAUUUCCUCCAGAAGUUCCAAUAUCUGAUAAAGCCAAGGAUCUUAUUUUAAGAUUUUGCUGUGAAUGGGAGCACAGAAUUGGUGCAUCUGGUGUGGAGGAAAUAAAGAGUAACCCAUUCUUUGAAGGGGUUGAUUGGGAGCAUAUCAGAGAGAGACCUGCUGUGAUUUCCAUAGAAAUUAAAAGCAUUGAUGAUACCUCAAACUUUGAUGAAUUUCCAGAAUCUGAUAUCCUUAAACCAACAGAGACUGACUACAAGAACAAGGACUGGGUUUUUAUCAACUACACCUACAAGCGAUUUGAAGGUCUGACAGCCCGAGGAGCGAUACCAUCCUACAUGAAAGCAGGAAAGUAA